GAAAACCUGAGCCAAUCCUAGCAGCCCGCGCAGGAGGCCAAUCGAACGCCGCGCCUUGGAGAGAUUGUCCAAUCGGAGAGAGGGGGCCGGCCGCAUCCCCGCCAAGAACCAGUAGAGCGCGUCCGAGGGGCAAGAGCGACGUGCGGCCGGAGCAAUGACAGGCCUAUAUUCGGGGCUCGGGGGCGGGUCGGCGCCAGAGACGAGAAGAGAGGAGGGGAGGCCUCCUCCGCCGCCGCCAUCUUGGACCGGGCCCGGUCAGCUUCCGCGGAGCCAUCGGCAGACGCCGCGGCCUCCCUUGAGCCCCGACCCCCGUCGUCAGAACAACCCCGGGCCCACUUCCCCCCACCCCACUUCCGCUUCGCGCCGCUAUCGCGAUAGCGCCCGGGCCCGGGGCGCGAGAAAAAGGCGGCGGGCGCUCGCCUCCCCCGCCUGUCGCGAUACGCUCCUCAGCGGCGGCGCCAGCUCCUGUGCAGCGUCCUUCUCCAAGAGAGUAUGAAGAGAGUGCGUCUGUAGGGCAGGGAAGAUGGCGGACAAGCGCAAACUCCAAGGUGAGAUUGAUCGCUGCCUCAAGAAGGUGUCCGAGGGCGUGGAGCAGUUUGAAGAUAUUUGGCAGAAGCUCCACAAUGCAGCCAACGCGAACCAGAAAGAAAAGUAUGAGGCUGAUCUAAAGAAGGAGAUUAAGAAGCUUCAACGGCUGAGGGACCAGAUCAAGACUUGGGUAGCAUCCAAUGAGAUCAAGGACAAGAGGCAGCUUAUAGACAACCGCAAGCUCAUUGAGACGCAAAUGGAACGGUUCAAAGUUGUGGAGCGAGAGACCAAGACCAAAGCCUAUAGCAAGGAGGGCCUGGGCCUGGCACAGAAGGUAGACCCUGCCCAGAAGGAAAAGGAGGAGGUCGGCCAGUGGCUCACGAAUACCAUCGACACCCUAAAUAUGCAGGUGGACCAGUUUGAGAGUGAAGUGGAGUCACUGUCGGUGCAAACACGCAAGAAGAAGGGCGACAAGGAUCAGAAGCAGGACCGGAUCGAGGGCCUGAAGCGGCAUAUCGAGAAGCACCGCUACCACGUGCGCAUGCUGGAGACCAUCCUGCGCAUGCUGGACAAUGACUCCAUCCUCGUGGACGCCAUCCGCAAGAUCAAGGACGACGUCGAGUACUACGUGGACUCGUCCCAGGACCCCGACUUCGAGGAGAACGAGUUCCUCUACGACGACCUGGACCUCGAGGACAUUCCACAGGCGCUGGUCGCCACCUCCCCGCCCAGCCACAGUCACAUGGAGGAUGAGAUCUUCAACCAGUCAAGCAGCACGCCCACUUCGACCACCUCCAGCUCGCCCAUCCCGCCCAGCCCGGCCAACUGCACCACGGAAAACUCUGAAGAUGACAAGAAGAGGGGACGCUCGACGGAUAGUGAAAUCAGCCAGUCUCCAGCCAAAAACGGCUCCAAGCCUGUCCACAGCAGCCAGCACCCUCAGUCCCCAGCUGUGCCGCCAAGCUACCCCUCCGGCCCCCCGCCCGCCGCCUCUGCCCUGAGCACCGCCCCUGGCAACAACGGGGCCCCUGCCCCGGCAGCACCCCCAAGCGCCCUGGGCGCCAAGGCCAGCCCAGCUCCCAGCCACAGCUCGGGCACGCCCGCCCCCUACGCCCAGGCUGUGGCCCCGCCAGCUUCCAGUGGGCCCAGCCCCGCGCAGCCCCGGCCCCCCAGCGUGCAGCCCGGCGGAGGCGGAGGCGGAGGCAAGCAGAACGGCGCCACCAGUUACAGCUCAGUAGUGGCAGACAGCCCGGCAGAGGUGGCUCUCAGCAGCGGCGGGGGCAGCAGUGCCAACAGCCAGGCCCUGGGCCCCCCGUCUGGCCCCCACAACCCACCUCCCAGCACCUCGAAGGAACCCAAUGCGACAGCCCCAACGGGGGCUGGGGGCGUGGCCCCAGGCUCAGGGAACAACUCGGGGGGACCCAGUCUCCUGGUGCCACUACCUGUGAACCCUCCCAGCUCCCCGACACCCAGCUUCAGCGAGGCCAAGGCAGCCGGCGCCCUGCUCAAUGGACCUCCACAGUUCAGCGCUGCCCCGGAGAUCAAGGCCCCUGAGCCUCUGAGCUCUUUGAAGUCCAUGGCGGAGCGGGCAGCCAUCAGCUCUGGCAUCGAGGACCCCGUCCCCACGCUGCACCUGACUGAGCGAGACAUCAUCCUGAGCAGCACGUCAGCUCCCCCGGCCUCGGCCCAGCCGGCCCUGCAGCUGUCGGAGGUGAACAUACCGCUGUCGCUGGGUGUGUGUCCCCUGGGGCCUGUGCCCCUCACCAAGGAGCAGCUCUACCAGCAGGCCAUGGAAGAGGCCGCCUGGCAUCACAUGCCCCACCCCUCAGACUCUGAGCGCAUCCGGCAGUACCUCCCCCGGAACCCCUGCCCGACGCCCCCCUACCACCACCAGAUGCCACCCCCGCACUCGGACACUGUGGAGUUCUACCAGCGGCUGUCGACCGAGACGCUCUUCUUCAUCUUCUACUAUCUGGAGGGCACUAAGGCACAGUACUUGGCAGCCAAGGCCCUAAAGAAGCAGUCAUGGCGAUUCCACACCAAGUACAUGAUGUGGUUCCAGAGGCACGAGGAGCCCAAGACCAUCACUGACGAGUUCGAGCAGGGCACCUACAUCUACUUUGACUACGAGAAGUGGGGCCAGCGGAAGAAGGAAGGCUUCACCUUUGAGUACCGCUACCUGGAGGACCGGGACCUCCAGUGACACCGGCCCCUCCCUCCACCCUUCCCUCCCCCCGCAUGCUGAUCCCCCUGCCCAGGUGAGGGCCCUGCCCUGGAAGACUGGGGGGAGGCCCCAGGCCAUAGGGCAGCCCCCUCCCCCAGGAAGCAGGGAGGGGGCUGGGAGGCUUUCUCUUUCUCUCAGCCCCACCCUGGGGGCCCGGGGGCGAGGGCUGCCCCCUCCUCCCCUCCCCAGUGAGGGACUUUUUUUGGUAAACCUAUUUUCAUUUUGGAAAAUAUUUAUGAAUAAAUAGUUUUAUAUGA